CCGAAGGCCGCUCUGGUCGAACAGGACUCCGACUCGUUCGGGCUAUUCCAUCUCUGCUCUCUCCCUAUAUACGACUAGGCUACCGCCGCCGCCAGAUGCGCAGGUCUUCGUCGGCUCCUUCUACUUCUCAGGCAACGAGCACCCGGCAGUACCGAUCGGGUGUUCUUCACUGGGUCCGCUCCUGCGUGCUAGAACUAGAAGAAUCCUCUGCUCGGCUCGAACUUGGAAGGGGGGAGGCGAGGGAUGGGGUCCCUGCUUUGCUGCAUGGGGUGCUCGGAGGACGUCUCGGCAGCGCCGCCCGUGAGCUGCUUGUGCCUACUAUGGCCUUUCCAUUAUUACCACAAUUUGAACUCGGGCUCUGCUGCUUGUCACAGAUGUGAUACACGGGUGGCACCUGAUGGUGGAAGGAGUCCUCCUGCAAAUCAAGUGGAUUCAUUGGAUACUUUGGGUCUCCCUCCAAGGCCUUUGCCUUACGAUGAUCCUCAAUCCAGCCCUCGCAUGGUGCAACACCCACUUGUAUCAGGACACGACAAAGCACCAACGCAUGUCCAGAAACUAGGACAGCCUGCAGAAACUAAGAAUACCCAUACUGGGUCAACUUGCACAGCUCAUAAGGUUUCUGCGUCCUCACCAAAACAGCACUCAGAAGGUUCAAGAAUGGAUGAUGGAGUACAAUUCUGUGAUUCCUCUGACAGUGAGGAUGACUGUCCAGUAUGCCUGGAAGAAUAUGAUUAUGAGAAUCCGAAGAUUGCACUGCAAUGCAAACAUAAUUUCCACCUUAGCUGCAUUUACGAGUGGAUGGAAAGGAGCCAGGCUUGCCCGGUCUGUGCAAAGACUAUGUUGUUCAAUGAGGAUGAAUGACCCCGCCGAUGGAAGUCUUCCCAGACGCUGGAUUCAUGGGCUACUCGUCAGAAAAAGAAGGAGCAAAAAAUGGUGGUUCUAGGAAGCAAGCUAAUCCGAAAGACGGCAAGUGAGGCAUUCGGCCGGGCCUUUGGGUGGUGCCCUUUAGAUAGGCGCAUUUCUGGUUGAUAUGGAAGCUGGAACUUGGAAGAUGGUGAUGAAGUUUGUUUGUCUCUUGAUGGUUGGCUUGUUCAGUUCCUUUUGUGGCUUCUGCCUGUCUGAUUGGGUUGUAAAUAAGAAAGUCUUAUGUAGUUAAUCGUAGGCCAAACUUUCUCUGCUAUCUUAGGCUCUUCACUAAUCUAGUUUGAUAGUGUUUAGAGUCUAGAUAGGGUUCUGGCCGUGUUCGAUCUUUUGGGAUGAUGUGCCGCGUGGUUGUGGAUGUUUCAAACUUUCCUAUUUCUUAAUGAAAUAGGGGGCUUCGCCCCUUCGUAAAAAAAAAACCAA